AUGGAAGAAAAUGAUACCAACGCGCCUCGGCGUGCAAAGCGAGCACGCUCUCAGUCGAGCGAGAAAGACGCCAAGCGGGCGCGAAAUGCAUCGUCCGUUCCAAGGGAGAGACCAGCCUUUGGACGUCUGCAAGUCGUGGCUGACGACGACGAAGACUCCGUCAGCUUCGUAAAAAUCACCAACCCGCGCCCGCGCAAGAAGGCCGUCGUGGACCACAUCACAGAUGACAUUUUUGCGUUUCACGGCCCUCGCGAGCAGUCUCAAGCGAUGCUUGAGAUGAUUCUAGGGAUGACCACAGGCUCUGAUGGUUUUGUCUCCGGUAUGAUCUGUAUCGUCCCGAAUCCAAGCAAUGCUCUAGACUCCGCCAAGCCAGUCGUCUCGUCCGAGCCAGUCGUCUCGUCCGAGCCAGUCGUCUCGUCCGAGCCAGUCGUCUCGUCCGAGCCAGUCGUUUCUUCCGAGCCAGUCGUCCCAUCGGAGCCAAUCGCCUCAUCGGAGCCAGUCGCUCCAUUGGAGCAGUUUAUAAAAUCAGAACCCGUCACAGCGUCUGUCCCGGACCCUCUCGUCUCAACAGAUAACGAUCGGUUCAGACGAUCGCUAUCUUUUCGGCUGAAAAGCCCGGUCCAGCCAUCCCAACCCUCUCGUGCGGCAUCAACAAUGCACCAUGACGAUUGGGAGCCACUUCGCAGGCCAGCGACCAUGUCUCGCCCCUAUCAGUUUGGGUCGAUGAUGCCUCGUGAAUUCGAGCCCAUUCUUAGACUGGAGACCAUGCCGUCGUCGAUGCCACGCGAAGAAGUGGGACCAAAGUUCAGGUCAGAUGUCAUUCCUCGGAUGGCGUCCAUGAUGCCACGUGAGGCGUUGGAGCCAAUUCCCCGUCCCGAUGCCAUUACCCGGACCGAUCGAGGGACACUGCUCCGUCCAGGUCCUUCAGAGAGAGCGUUGACUGAUAGGAUGAGUUCCGCACCGUCUCGCGCUACUCGGUGGACUCCGACCAGGCUUGACUUCUUUCAGGGGAAGCCGGCACCCGAGCCUAAAGAUGCUUCCUCUCAGGUAGCACCGACCAAGAGGAAAAAGCAGGCGCCAAACCCUCACACGCACACUCCCUUCGAAGGCCGUGAGUUUCUCUGGAGGGACCGAGAAAACGCCAGUGUCAUUUGCGGCAACUGCUCCGGUAGGGGUCACCAGCUCAUGGACUGCGUGUGGCCAGAUCUGGCAGGCGACAUCGCCGGCUGCGUUUUCUGCAACACAAAGACCCACGCCUUGGACCACUGCCCUCGGGAUCAUGAGAUGACCGAUUAUCAAUGGUGCUUCGCCUUGGUGUUCCGCCGGGCCAACAAGCCGCCCAUCAGAACGUUCCGCUCCUGGAGGAAGUACGCAUUGAUGGCCUACCACAACAACUGGAAUCAUCUGCUACAGUAUGGGUUCCCUUGGACAGUGAGGUUCGGGAUCGACAUGACGAAGCCGAAGAACUCAAGUCGCCGCCCCUGGGCCGGGUAUGACUACGCCUGUGAUUCGGUGGAGCAGCGCAAGCUUAUACGCGACCCUGCUACCAGGGACAUUGGCUGUGUUGUUGAAAACUGCGACCUAGAUAAUGAGCGAUGGCCCAGACGGUAA